GGUUGGCAGAGGCACUGUCCCUAGGGACCUUGGUUAUGAGUUAGCCAGACACAGGCACCAGAGCCUGGGAGACAAAAAAAAAAAAAAAAAGAUGUUACCUAGGGCUUUGGGAAAAAGAGGAUGGACCCAGUGGAUUUCAAGCUCAACAAGGACCUAAAUAGGGUCCACCAAAGGACAGAAGGCUGGACAGAAAGAACACUUCAGGAUGGAAGUGGGCUGACACUUUACUGUGGAGUUUCUCUGCAAACUUCCUUUGCUGUUCUCCUGGCUGAGUUUGGUAAGCCUAAGAAAAGACUUGGAGAAAGACAGGAGCCUCCAUGAAGAUGCUGGUUACACUAAUGAGUUUUUUCUAGCUUUUUUCUACUUACUUUUCCUAUCUAGCUUCAUACUGGGAGCUGGCAUGAGGAUCCCAGUGGCCCACCUGGGGAGGACUCUAGAGGCCCCUUUCCCCCUUGCCCCUCCUCCCCAUACCCCCAGGCAUAUCCUCCCAGGGCAUGGAAGCUGAGAAGCAGACCAAAACCACAGUGGGCUGGUGAGGUGUACCUGCUGAUGAACCCUUUGGACAGCAUUCUGCCCCACCCUGCAGGAAGAAGCAGAAGGAGGGAGGGGGUAAGGCAGAGAAUAAAUAACGCUGACCAGGGAGGUCCAAGGGAGUAGGCGGAGAUAGAGAGGCUGUAUUUCAGUGCAGCCUGCCAGACCUCUUCAGGAGGAGGACUGGGCAAAGGGGGAUCACACAUUCCUUCCAUACAGUUGAGCCUCUACCCGCCUGGUGCUGGUCACACUUCAGCUUCUCCAUGAUGGUGGGUCCCAAUGGUAAUGAAUCCAGUGCUACAUACUUCAUCCUAAUAGGCCUCCCUGGUUUGGAAGAGGCUCAGUUCUGGUUGGCCUUCCCAUUGUGUUCCCUCUACCUUAUUGCGGUGCUAGGUAACUUGAUGAUCAUCUACGUUGUGCGGACCGAGCACAGCCUGCACGAGCCCAUGUAUAUAUUUCUCUGCAUGCUUUCAGGCAUUGACAUCCUUAUCUCUACCUCAUCCAUGCCCAAAAUGCUGGCCAUCUUCUGGUUCAAUUCCACCACCAUCCAAUUUGAUGCUUGUCUGCUACAGAUGUUUGCCAUCCACUCCUUAUCUGGCAUGGAAUCCACAGUGCUGCUGGCCAUGGCCUUUGACCGCUAUGUGGCCAUCUGCCACCCACUGCGCCAUGCCACAGUGCUUACAUUGCCUCGGGUCACCAAAAUUGGUGUGGCUGCUGUGGUACGGGGGGCUGCACUGAUGGCACCCCUUCCUGUCUUCAUCAAGCAGCUGCCCUUCUGCCACUCCAAUAUCCUUUCCCAUUCCUACUGCCUACACCAAGAUGUCAUGAAGCUGGCCUGUGCUGAUAUCCGGGUCAAUGUCAUUUAUGGCCUUAUUGUCAUCAUCUCUGCCAUAGGUCUGGACUCACUUCUCAUCUCCUUCUCAUAUCUGCUUAUCCUUAAGACUGUGUUGGGCUUGACACGUGAAGCCCAGGCCAAGGCAUUUGGUACUUGUGUCUCUCAUGUGUGUGCUGUGUUCAUAUUCUAUGUACCUUUCAUUGGAUUGUCUAUGGUGCACCGCUUUAGCAAACGGCGUGACUCUCUCCUGCCCGUCAUCAUGGCCAAUAUCUAUUUGCUGGUUCCUCCUGUGCUCAACCCAAUUGUCUAUGGAGUGAAGACGAAGGAGAUCCGACAGCGCAUCCUUCGACUUUUCCACGUGGCCACACACACUUCAGACUCUUAGGCGUCAGCGAUCAAACUUCUUUUCCAUUCAGAGUCCUCUGAUUCAGAUUUUAAUAUCAACAUUUUGGACGACAGUAUUCAAAAAAAAAAUUUUCCUUGAUAAAAAUACAACUCAGCUCCUUCAGAUAUGAAACUAGUUGGGGAAUCUCCAUUUUUCAAUAUUAUUUUAUUCUUUUAUCUCUAUAUACAGUUAUUAAUACCCUCGCUUGGUUGUGGUUGGAGGAUUAUUACUUUCCAUUUUACCAUGCAGUCCAAAUCUCAACUGCUUCUACUGAUGGUCCAGAGCAUUCUGAGACAAUAGUAGUACAUCUAAAGAACAUUUGCCAAAGGCUUAAACAUGGCAAAAGGAAAAUAAACACAAGAAUAUAAUAAAACGAGAUAAUCUAACUUAAAACUGUAACUUCCUCUUCACAACUCCCAACCACACUGGAUCUCAGAAAAAGACUGUCUUCAAAAUGACUUCUGCAGAGAAGAAAUAAUUUUUCUUCUGGGCAUAGCACUUAAGGAGAAGAUUGGAAGUAAAGCCUUGAAAAGAAUACAUUUACCUACAUUAAUGAAAGUUGACACAUUCUGCUUUGAUAGUUUUCACAGCAUAUGGACACUGAUUGGACACUAAUUUUCCUAUUUAAUUUUCUAAUCAACUUUUUAAUUUAAGCAAAGAUAUUAUUAGUACCCUUAUUGUGGCAAUGGAAAAAUUGUUGUUCAGUGAGGAUCAGUGAAUUAAAUGGGGUCAUACAGGUAUAAAAAUUAAAAAAAAAGGCUUUUAAUGCCCAAUCUCAUAUUAUGUGGAAGAACUGUUAGAGAGACCAAUAGGACAGUGGGUUAGAGAUUUCCAGAAUCUUACAUUUUCUAGAGGAGCUAUUUAAUUUCCUCUCAUUCAUCCAGUGUUGUAUUUAGGAAUUUCCUGGCAAUAGAACUCAUGGCUAUUGAUUAUUGUCCUGGUCCAAUUGUCACUCUACCUGUGUCUUGGAAGCAGAAGUGAUUUCCAGGUCCACCAUUAUGGAAGGUUCUUAAACAGAAAGUCUGGCAUGGGGCUUAUAGCUAUUUGUUUUUAAAAGUUCCAUAGGUGAUUCUGAUAGACAGCGAGGUUAGGGAGCCACCAGUUACAAUGGGAAGUAUGGAAUGGCAGGUUUGAGUGUGACUGGUAGCUGGAAAGUGAGGGAAUCUUCAGGACUAUGCUUUAUUUGGGGCUUUGGGUAGUAUGGAACAGGAACUUUGAGGCCAGGAAAGCAAUCUGACUUAGGCAUGGGAAUCAGGCAUUUCUGCUUCUGAGGGGCUAUUACCAAGUGUUAAUAGGUUUCAUCUUCAACAGGAUAUGACAACAGUCUUAACCAAGAAACUCAAUAACAAAUACUAACACAUGUGAUCAUGUAUGUGGUGAGAGUCAUUUUCUUUUUCAAUCCUCAGAUUCCCUGAUAUGGAUUCCUAUAACAUGCUUUCAUCCCCUUUUGUAAUGUAUAUAAUGUUUGGAAAUGUCUAUUUAAUACUUGUAUUUGCUGCUGGACUGUAAGCCCAUGAGGGCACUGUUUGUUAGUGAGUGUCAUCUCUGUUCAUCAUUGAUUGCUCUUUGCUUAUCACUGAAUCCCCAGCAAAGGGCUUAGAACGUAAUAGUGCUUAUGCUCGAUACUGGCUAUUUUUCACCAAACCUGAUUCCUUCCAUCAUGAACACACAUCCAGGCCAUUGUCCAGCCUUCUUUGAUUUGGGCUUUAUUAAAUUCUAGCCAUUACUUUCAAUGUAAGUGGAAGUGACAUGUACCACUUCUAUACCUGGCUCAUAAAGCCCUCCCAUGUGCAGUCUUUCAUGUUGACAUUAAAUGUAACUUUGAAAACUAUGUUUUACACAUAGAAAACCACCAGAAUCCUGGAUUCCUAAAAAACUGUGCAGGGCCAAACCUCUGUCAUUUGCAAGUCCCCCUUGUAUUUUCAUCAGGCAGUUGGAUAAGAGAAAAAUAAAGUACUAGUGUAUCAAGUCUCUGAAAAUGAUUUUAUUGUUCUUAAAGUAUUCUAGCCUUGUAAAUAAAACACUAAUUUAAUAGUUGUUGAAUAAAUAGAUUAAAAACUAAAGGAAAUAAAAACUGAAAGCUGAAGGGCUCAGGAAAGGCUGCUCUUCCUCCUUCCAGAGUAAACAUAAGAGGUAUAAAUUUAUCAAAGGAGGAAAUAUUUCCUUACAUUAUCAUAAAUAUCACAAAGUCCUUAUUAUUCAUUGUGAUGUCAAGCUGUGUCUCAUGUAGGUUUCUAUUAAUUUGCUUUGGAUUGCUACCAUCCCAACUUCUUAGGAAACUUACAUUGUUAUCUCUUCUCCAUCAUGGAUGUUCAACCUCCCUCUCUCAUAUGAAUCAUUCCUAGCAUUUAUCAUGUUCAAACCUUCCAUAUUAAAAGCAACAAUGACAACAACCAGUAUAACUCUGUCUAAAACUCUUUUGUCUCUUCCCUUUAAUAGCCAAAUUUCUUAGAGAAGUUAUCUAUAACUUAUUUUCAUUUACACAUCUCUCAUAUAACUCUUCCACUAUUCCUGUUUAGUUUUGGCCUUGGACAAACUGCCAAAGAACUUUUACUAUACAUCAUCAGAAACCUCUGUGUGCCUGAGGUUUUUAGUUUUUAUCUUCUCUGAUUUCUCAACAACAUGUAACACAGUUGACCACUCUGUUUCUUGAUACAUUGUCUCCCUUUGUCCUUUGUGGCAUCACAGUCAUGGUUUUCUGUUUAUAUCUCUGUGUACUUCUCAGUUUCCUUUGCACAUGCGUUCUACUCUGCCUGGUGAAAGAAUAUGGUGUAAUUGAAUCAGGCCUCUAAUUCCUACACAAUUAAUACUUGUAUUUGCUGCUGAUCUAUAAAAUUUGAGUUGAUGGCCUCUAAUUCCUCUGCAAUCACACACACACACACACACACACGCACAUGCAUGAUCACACACACACACACACACACAACCAUUCAGUUUGCCAUUUGUAUAUCAGCGACUUAAUUUGUAUCUUUAGACUAGAUUAUUGGGCUAGUAUAGAGCUCUAGGCUUGUAAGUCUAAUGUCUGUGUAACCCAGACAUUUGGAUGCUUCAAGCUCAAAGUGUCCAGAAAUCAAAUUCGUGAUAUUCUUUAUGCAAUUAUAUUCAUCAUUCAUGUUUCAUAUAUCAGUUAAUCUUGCCACUGCUAAUUCUCAUGUGCAAGCCUCAAACCUAGGACUGAAACGUGGCCUUUUCUUUUUCUUCUCUUAACCUUCAUCUUUGAUUCCAAAUAAAGUUAUAUAAUUUCGACUGCUUUUAUAACUUUGAUCCCAUGUUUCUCUUUAUUUGUACCUCUACUCCCCUAAUCCAUGUUACAAUAAAUUCAUCUUGACUAUUUCAAUAGCCUUGUAACUGGUAUAUUCACAUGCAUUAUAGCUUUAAGUCAAUCUAUUCUCUGCAACACAAUGUAAAACCCUCUUUCCAAAGGCAAAUGUGAUCAUGUCAAAGCCACUCUCUCUUCUGCUUAAAAUACUGUUAAUAUUUCCAACCUUUUUGGUUGGACCCAUUUCUAUUUUCAGGCUUAUCUUGAGCCAUGGGCUCCUUGCUCAUUGACUUCCAGUCCCACUGCCUUUUCUUUCUUUCCUUUAUUUCACCAUACUUCCUCCUUUACAGGCUCUUUGGAGACAUGGUUUAGUAUGCCUUCUCCUAAACAUUCUUUCUCAGUUUUAUAUAUAUAUAUAUUUUUAACAUUCAGACUUCCCCUUAAUUAUCACUUCUUGAGAAAACUCAUUCCUUACCCCUUAGGGCAGGUCAGAUACCCUUAUUGUAUAUGUUUACGGAACCAUCUAUUCUUAAUUCACGUAUGUAGUCAUUUUUAUAGGCAGAAUUCUAAGAUGACCCUACAGAAAUGUCCUGCUCUGGCUUCCAGAACCUUU